AUAAAGAAUAGCAAGCUAUUUUAAGUUAGAGAGAAAGAGCCAUGUCCAAAAUGACAAUUCUGCCAACAGAACUUAUGGUGAUUACAAGUUAUAUGAACGAACUUGCCUGGAAAUUUCUCAUCUAGAAAGACUAAUGCUAUAAGCCUGCUUCCAUCAGCAACUCUUGUUCGGUAUUUCAUUGCAAAUUUUCUCUGGAAGGUCAAUUUGGAACUUGUUAGUGAGGUCUUCCAAGGCUGAAAAAUUUGCUAUACUAUCUUAAUGGCAUCCGAUAGUGCAAAAGAGAAAAUACUGUCUGGAUUAGUAGAACCCACCCCUCAAACAAAUAAUGCAUACGGCUCCAACAGAGGAAGAUUUUUCAGUGUUAAAUUUGCUGAUCCUCUAGCAGAGCUUAUUCCUAAACAUUUUGCUAGCAAGGUUUCACUCCGACAUCCUGCAUACAUUUUUGGGAAACUCCAUCCUAGUAUUACGAACUUGGCUGUGGCUUUGGCGGUCUAUUUGGGUGUUGGCACCUUAUGCUUUUACUCUGUCCUGGAUGAUAUCAAAGGAAACAAAGAAAAUCCAAUGAUUGAUUCUCUAUAUUUCACCGUCACAACUUUGAGCACCGUAGGAUAUGGGGACCUAGUGCCCAACAGUACCUUUGUGAAGGUGCUUUGCUGUGUAUUUGUUGUCAUAGGGAUGGCACUUGUGGGAUUAAUAAUGAGCAAAGCAGCAGAUUACAUAGUAGAGAAGCAGGAAAUGUUGCUUGUUAACUCCCUAGACAAGCAUCAAAAAAAUGGCCCUUCUAAAAUCAUGGGGAUGGAAACCAACAACGUGAUCUAUAACUGCCUUUUGGCCGGGGCCGUUCUUUCAAUUUUUAUGUUUGUCGGAACCAUAUUCUUAUACGUAUUUGAAGGUUUGGACUUCAUUGAUUCCAUCUAUUGUAUCUGUACAACCAUCACAACCCUAGGUUAUGGAGACAAAGCGUUCGCAAGUGCCGGGGGGCGACUUUUUGCUGUACUUUGGAUACUGAUCGGUACGUUUGGUUUGGGUCAGCUCCUCAUGUACGUUGCUGAGAUAUUGACUGAAAGCAGACAAAGGGCACUGGUUAACUGGGUCACUAACUGGAGGAUGACCAACCUAGUCCUGAAUGCAGCUGAUAUUGAAAAUGAUGGAGUUGCCGAGACUGCUGAGUUUGCUGUACAUAAGCUUAAAGCGAUGGGGAGGAUUAGCCAAGAGGAUAUCUCACGUUUAAUGAAAGAGUUUGAGGAUCUUGACGUCCAUAAAUGUGGGUUCUUGUCAGCAUCCGACUUGGUGUUUGCUCAAACAAAGAGGUGAUCUGAGCCAUCAAAGAAAUGGCCAUCAGCUUUAUACAACAAGAAGAAAAAAAAAAAAAAAACCGAAAUCAUGUACUUUACUAAGUUUGUCUCCUUUAUCUAAGGCUCUAGUUUCUACAGGGCAGCUUAAACUUGAUGUUGUGUACGCCAGUUAAUGAAAAUGUUUGUUUAUGAACAA